AAUGAAGAUCCAAGUAUAAACUCCUGUAGUUGAAUUAGAUGGAGAUGAAAUGACUAGAGUAAAUCUUUUAUAUAAUUUAGAUUAUAUGGUAAUAAAUCAAAAAGUAUUUAAUCUUUCCAUUUUUGGAUUUGAAGAUUGAUUAUUAUGAUCUUGGAAUGGAAUAUAGAGAUAAGACAGAUGAUAAAGUUACUAUUGAUGCUGCUAAUGCAAUUAAAAAGUAUAAGGUAGGAAUUAAAUGUGCUACUAUGUAAAAUUAUUAAAUAUUCAUAUUAUAGCACUCCAGAUGAAGCAAGAGUCAAGGAAUUUAAGUUAAAAUAAAUGUGGAAAUCUCCAAAUGGAACAAUUAGAAAUAUUCUUAAUGGAACAGUGUUUAGAGAACCUAUAAUUAUCAAGAAUAUCCCUAGAUUGGUACCAGGUUGGAAAGAACCAAUAAUAAUAGGAAGACAUGCAUUUGGAGAUUAAUAUAGAGCUACAGAUUUUUUAAUAAGUGAGCCAGGAAAAUUAGAGAUGGUAUUCACCAACAAACAAGGAUAAAUCACAAAAUAUCCUGUAUAUGAUUUUGAAGGAAAGGGAAUUUCUAUGGGUAUGUAUAAUACUGAUGAAUCAAUUAUUGAUUUUGCACAUUCUUGUUUUAAAUAUGCAAUUGAUCGUAAUUAUCCUUUGUAUUUAUCAACUAAAAAUACCAUUUUAAAGAAAUAUGAUGGCAGAUUUAAAGAUAUCUUUUAGGAAAUUUAUGAAAAAUAUUACAAAUAAACAUUUGAAUAAAAAAAAUUAUGGUAUGAACAUAGAUUGAUUGAUGACAUGGUUGCAUAUAUGAUUAAAAGUGAAGGUGGUUUUGUUUGGGCAUGCAAGAAUUAUGAUGGAGAUGUAUAAUCAGAUGUAGUUGCUUAAGGAUAUGGUUCAUUAGGAUUGAUGACUAGUGUUUUAGUUAGUCCAGAUGGAUCAGUAGAAGCAGAAGCUGCCCAUGGAACUGUUACUAGACAUUAUAGAAUGCAUUAAUAAGGAAAAGAGACAUCCACUAAUUCUAUUGCAAGUAUUUUUGCUUGGACAAGAGGACUUUUACAUAGAGCAAAAUUAGAUAAUAAUAAAGAAUUACAUAAAUUUUGUACAACUUUAGAAUAGAGUGUUAUUUAGACAGUAGAAAAUGGAAUAAUGACUAAAGAUUUAGCAAUUAUUGUACAUAAUGAUAAUAAGUAAUUCUAUUCAUAUUUAAUUUAGUGUUUCGAGAACCAAGUAUGUGAAUACUGAGGAAUUCAUAGUCAAGGUUGGAGAAUAGUUGAAGAAAAAUUUAGGUAUUAAAGCAAAUUUAUGAGAGU